AUGGUAUCCAUAGCCCCUGUUCUUGCAGACGCCGUGUCGGACCUCUCCUGUCCUCCGCACCAUCCGAACUGCCCGGAGGAGGAGCGAGACCCUAUCGCUCUCUUCCAGGGCCUUCAUGCCGUCAUUCUUCUGCCAUUUUUCACGACAAUUCCACUGGUCGUAGGAAUCAUCGAGCAAGCCCGCAUGCCCCUACAAACUCAAUGUCUGACUGGACUUAAGCUGCAAACUGCGGCGUUCAUGCUCUCCGCCGUUUCCUGGGUCCCUAGAGUCUCUGUCCCAUGGGAUCUCUACCUCGAUGGUGGACACCCGAUCAUUUUAAUUAUCAAUGCAUGGUACCAUAUGGUUGGGUUUGUCGCUGUCAACGAUGUAGUCUUUGCUCUGGGGCAGGGAAUCUUGUUGUGGCUGUCUUUGCGACAGAUCAGAUGUGCAGGCGAAGGAGAAAGACAGCCGCUUUUGGGGUGA